GACGGGCAACAAACACGGACACUUCCUCCCCACGUGAAUUACUCAGUGCAUGUGGGGAUACUGCUUCUCUCACUGCCUCAGUUGUCUAGUUAUCAUUUCUUUCCAAAUGGUUGUAGAUCCGGGAACGAUGGCGUUAUUGGACGAAGAUGAGCAGCUUCUCGGGCAGUCGGAGGAGGAAGAUAGCGAAUUGUCGGACAGCGAGCUCCAGGAAGCUUUUUCCAAGGGAUUGCUGAAACCGGGUAUGAACCUACUGGUGGACAAACCUAAAACAUUCACAAACAAUGUGGAGGGUUUGAAGCAUUGUCUGGCUGACUUUAAGAAAGAUCAUCUUCCCUGGCCGGAGAGGUUGGACCGGACCAACCCACCUGGACCGGACGUUCUGGGACAGGCCCAAGGCAAUGCUCAGAACAAAAAUAACAAAGAUGUUGAUGCAGACGAUGAUUUCCAGAGAGAAAUGUUCUUCUAUCGGCAAGCGCAGGCUACAGUUCUUGACUCCCUCCCGCUCUUGAACAAGCAUGGCAUCGCCACCAAGAGGCCUGACGACUACUUUGCAGAGAUGGCUAAGUCAGACCAGCACAUGCAGAAGAUCAGAAAGAAACUUCUGGCAAAGCAGGCCAUAAUUGAGCGCUCAGAGAAAGCCAAGAAACUCAGAGAGCAGAGGAAGUUUGGCAAGAAGGUCCAAAUAGAAGUGAUCCAGAAGAGACAGAAGGAGAAGAAGGCCAUGAUGACUGCAGUGAAGAAGUACCAGAAAGGAAUGACAGACAAACUGGAUUUCUUGGAAGGCGACCAAAAAGCGGGUAAAGGCGGCAAGCAGGGCACUAAGAAGGAAGUAAACAAGAAGGGGCCUAACUCCAAGAGAAAAUUCAAGGACCAGAAGUUUGGGUUCGGAGGAAAGAAGAGUGGAAGCAAGUGGAACACCAAAGAUAGCCACAACGACGUGUCUGGUUUCCGUGCCAAAGUUGCUCACGGGAAAGGAGGGAAGAAGGGCAAAGGAGGAAAACAAAAUAAGCGACCGGGGAAGUCGGUGCGCAAGAAGAUGAAGGGUCGCUGAGCAGGUGGAGGCUGUGGACUUGUGUAGAUUCCUGACACGUCACCUUAAUAUUUCUGACCUUUUUACUGUCUGUGAUGCUGGGUUGAUUUGAGGACAUGAAGCCCAAACCGUCGACUGGUCAGGAGGUCUUGCAGUGAAGAUGAUAAAGGACAUUUGAGUGUCUUCCACAAUGGAAGCUGUCUACCAGUUUGUUUUUAUUAACGACCGCAUGGUGCCUCAUCUUGCUUGUGUACAACCAUAAUCCAUGUUUUGUUAUCUCACUUUGAUCUGAUCAGUUUCAUAAAAACGUCUGAGGUUAUUCUGUUAUUCGCCAAGUCCUUGCUUCGUGUGUACGUCUUCCGUUAUGUUGAGUUUUUAUUCAUUUGUAUAGGGUUGAUUGCAUAGUUAGUUUAGCUUGAGCGCUAAUGUGUUUGAGCUGAGCCAGAAGAUAAAGCUCUUCAUUAUUAUUAUUAUUUUUUUUUUUUAAUUGUAAGAUGAAAACUGUGUGGUUCCUUGUGAGCAACUCAGUCAUGCACAGGUCUUUUACCACCGCGAAACUUGUGAGUAUAAUAAUGAAGAGGGUUAACUUAGCCUUCUGGCUCAGCUCUUUGGCCACCACAGAACAUUGCUGUUCCCUGAAGCGCUCCAUCCUUCCUCACCCGUGAACAAGACUGGAAGAUGUGUGAACUCCACCUGUGGGAGGAUCUCCAAACCCCACAGGAGACUACAAAACUGAUAAUAAUGGUCUCCAAUCACGAGGAACUGAUCCUCAUGCUGAACACAUCCAGAAGCAAAAGCAAAACUGUGGUCUGUGUGACCGAGCACGCUUGAUGAUAACUUGGCGUAAUGAUGUCAUCAAUGUUUAUUAAUGUGUUGAUCUACACCACGUUUCGAUUAUAGGUUUUGUUUGCAC